AUGCCCGAUUCCUUGACCCCCGAGGCCGCCGCCGCCAACGGCGCCGACCUCGACAAGGUCCAAACUCAACGAGCUCGAUGGGCCACGCGCAGAAUGACGGUCAAAAGCGGUAGCACCAAACGCCGCUCCCUCCUUAACCGGCACAACCGCAAUAGGUCGGCGGCUGGCGAGGGGAGCGUCGGCGCGCCUGGCGACGAUGGCCACGGCCCCUUCUCUAUUGGCGGCGACAACGAUAUCCCGGACGAGGCCGAAGCAUCCGAAAGUGAAGAUGAAGACCCCGAAAACCGUACACUUUUUUUCAAUCUGCCUCUGCCGAAGAACAUGCUCGACGCCGAGGGACAUCCGAGCACAAACUACGCCAGAAAUAAGAUUCGAACUGCCAAGUAUACGCCAUUAUCGUUUAUACCCAAGAAUAUUUGGUUCCAGUUCCACAAUGUCGCCAACAUUUUUUUCCUAUUCGUCAUCAUCCUGGUCAUCUUCCCCAUCUUUGGCAGUGUCAAUCCAGGACUCAGCGCCGUCCCUCUAAUUGUUAUCAUCUGCCUGACCGCUAUCAAAGAUGCCAUUGAGGAUUACCGACGAACAGUUACCGAUAUUGAGCUCAACAACGCACCUGUCCAUCGUCUGAUGAACUGGGACAAUGUCAAUGUUGAGGUUGGCGAUGUUUCCACCUGGCGAAGAACCAAAAAGGCUACUUCUCGCUUCUUUGGCGGUAUCUGGUACGGUAUUCAGAGCCUCUGGUCCAAACAGGCUAGGCAAAAGAGAAUCGAGCGCAAAGCCAAGGCGAACGGACAGGAAGAGGAGGAGCCUAGGCCUUCCGUUGAAACACAGCGAACUCGCAUGUCUAUACGCCAGUCCAUCACCGCACCCUUUGGAAAUAGACGCUCCACCCACGAGGAUAUACAAAUGACGCCUGUGCCUUCUCCCCCCCCACCGGGCCACAUCCAAAUCCAGGAGCCCGACAAGCAGGAUCAGGCGCGUCUGGCCGCCAAGCAGGACAUGAAGACCGACAUUAUCAACUUCCGACGCGCCGCGACCAAUGCGCGCUUCAAGAAGGACGCCUGGAAGAACAUUGUUGUCGGCGACUUUGUCCGUAUUUACAACGAUGAUGAACUACCCGCCGAUGUCAUCAUUCUCUCUACCUCGGACCCUGAUGGUGCCUGCUAUGUUGAAACCAAGAAUCUGGACGGUGAGACCAAUCUCAAGGUUCGACAGGCCCUUCGAUGUGGCCGCGCCCUCAAGCAUGCCCGCGACUGCGAACGAGCCGAGUUUAUUGUCGAAAGCGAAGCCCCCCAAUCCAACCUGUACAAAUUCAACGGCGCCAUCAAGUGGAAACAGAACAUCCCCGGUUACGAGGACGAUGAGCCCGAAGAUAUGACUGAAGCCAUCACCAUCGACAACCUGCUGCUUCGAGGUUGCAAUCUUCGCAACACCGAAUGGAUUCUUGGUGUCGUCGUCUACACGGGCCACGACACCAAGAUAAUGAUGAACACUGGCAUGACUCCCUCCAAGCGUGCCAGAAUUGCCCGGGAAAUGAAUUUCAAUGUCAUCUGCAACUUUGGCAUCCUGUUUAUCAUGUGCUUGGUGUCUGCCCUCAUUAACGGAGCCGCCUGGGCCAGAACUGACACAUCCAAAAACUUUUUCGAUUUUGGAUCCAUUGGCGGGAAUCCUGCUGUUACUGGCUUCAUCACUUUUUGGGCUGCUAUUAUCAACUUCCAAAACUUGGUUCCAAUCUCGCUUUACAUUACUUUGGAAAUCGUCCGUACGUUGCAAGCCGUCUUCAUUUUCAGCGAUGUUGAGAUGUACUACGAGCCAAUCGACCAGCCUUGUGUGCCCAAAACGUGGAACAUAUCCGACGAUGUUGGACAAAUUGAGUACAUCUUCUCCGACAAGACUGGCACCCUCACGCAAAACGUCAUGGAGUUCAAAAAGGCCACAAUCAACGGACAUCCGUACGGUGAGGCUUACACCGAAGCGCAAGCGGGUAUGCAAAAACGUGCCGGUAUCGAUGUUUCUACCGAGUCUGAGCGCAUACACGCCGAAAUUGCCGAAGCCAAGGCUCGCUCCAUUGUCGGACUCCGCAAGAUGUACGACAAUCCUUACUUUUACGAUGAGGCUCUCACUUUUGUCGCCCCCGAUUUCGUCGCCGAUCUGGCUGGCGAAUCGGGCAACGCGCAAAAAGAGGCCAAUGAAACCUUUAUGCUCGCACUCGCGCUUUGCCACAGUGUCAUUGCAGAAAAGGCACCCGGUGACAAGCCGCGCAUGUUGUUCAAGGCUCAGUCUCCUGACGAGGAAGCUCUUGUCGCCACUGCGCGCGACAUGGGCUUCACGGUUCUCGGAAAUUCUGGCGACGGCAUCGAUGUUAACAUAAUGGGCGAGGACCGCCAUUACCCGAUUCUCAACACCAUCGAAUUCAACUCUACUCGCAAGCGAAUGAGCUCCAUUGUCAAGAUGCCCGAUGGCCGCAUCGUCAUCUUCUGCAAGGGUGCCGACUCGGUUAUUUACUCCCGCCUCAGGAAGGGAGAGCAGCGCGAACUCCGCCAAGAAACUGCCGAGCACUUGGAAAUGUUUGCUCGCGAGGGUCUCCGCACGCUUUGUAUUGCCAUGAAGGACCUCACCGAAGACGAAUACCGAUCUUGGAAGAAGGAACACGACAUUGCUGCUUCUGCUCUAGACAACCGUGAGGAAAAGAUGGAGGCUGCUGCUGAGCUUAUCGAACAGGACUUUCUACUUCUUGGUGGUACUGCUAUUGAGGAUCGCCUCCAGAUUGGGGUCCCUGACACUAUUGAGCUUCUCGGACAGGCUGGCAUCAAACUCUGGGUCUUGACUGGCGACAAGGUUGAGACCGCCAUCAACAUUGGUUUCUCCUGCAACCUGCUUACCAAUGACAUGGAACUCAUUCAUCUCAAGGUGGACGAGGAAGCUGGUGACGACAUCUCUGAUGAUAUGUUACUCGAUGAGUUGGAAAAGAGCCUAGACCAACACCUCAACCACUUUAACCUCACCGGAGGUGAUGAAGACCUCAAGGCUGCCAAGAAGAACCACGAACCCCCUGGCCCUACACACGGACUUGUCAUUGACGGGUUUGCUCUUCGGUGGGCUCUUCAUGACCGACUCAAGCAAAAGUUCCUUAUUCUCUGCAAGCAGUGCCGCUCUGUUCUCUGCUGCCGUGUCAGCCCCGCCCAAAAGGCCUCGGUUGUUGCCAUGGUCAAGAAUGGUCUUGAUGUCAUGACUCUCUCUAUCGGUGAUGGGGCCAAUGACGUGGCCAUGAUUCAAGAGGCCGACGUCGGUGUCGGUAUUGCUGGUCUGGAAGGCCGACAAGCCGCUAUGUCUUCUGAUUACGCCAUUGGUCAAUUUCGCUUCCUGCAGCGCCUGGUCCUGGUCCAUGGACGAUGGUCCUACCGUCGUCUGGCUGAGAGUAUAAGCAACUUUUUCUACAAGAACAUGGUUUGGGUGUUUGGCCUCCUUUGGUUCCAGAUCUACUGCGAGUUUGACAUUACCUACCUGUUCGAGUACAGCUACAUCAUCAUGUUCAACCUGUUCUUCACCUCGGUUCCUGUCGGUGUCCUUGGUGUUCUCGACCAGGAUGUUUCGGACAAGGUCUCGCUUGCAGUACCUGAGCUCUACCGCACCGGUAUUGAACGGCUCGAAUGGACGCAGAGAAAGUUUUGGCUCUACAUGUUUGAUGGUGUCUAUCAGUCGGUCAUGGCCUUCUAUGUCCCGUACUUGAUCUUUAGCAAUUCUCGCCCCGUUACGUUUAACGGUCUCGCCGUCGAUGACAGAUACCGACUCGGUGCCUACGUUGCCCAUCCUGCAGUGUUGACCAUCAAUGCCUACAUUAUGAUAAACUCAUAUAGGUGGGACUGGCUUAUGUUGCUCAUCAUUGCCAUCAGCGACUUGUUUGUCUUUUUCUGGACUGGUAUUUACACGUCGUUUACGUCUUCGUCUACCUUUUACAAGGCAGGCGCCGAGAUUUAUGGGGAAGCGUCCUUCUGGGCUUGCUUCUUCAUUGUCCCUGUUCUCUGCCUGUUCCCAAGAUUUUCCAUCAAGGCCAUGCAGAAGGUUUUUUACCCUUACGACGUCGACAUCAUUCGCGAGCAAGUCCUGAUGGGCAAAUUCGAUUAUCUCAAUGAACCGAAAGCAAAGGUUGAUGCGAAGACGGACUCUAGGAGCCAAGGCUCUCACGGCAGCUCGAAGCGAAGUUCAAGAAAGUCCAAGCAUGCCCAAUAUGCCAGCGUCGACGAGGACUCGCGACCCAUUUACCCGCCUUCCACGGUGACACAAAACACAUACAAUGGGGCACACAGCCAACAAGGAAGCGCCGACUCGACAAAUUUGCCGCGCUAUUCCAUUGAAAACCCCAUGCACCGAAUCUCGACGGACCGCCCGCGACCCUCGUACGACCGUAUGCGCGCUUCGAUGGACCGUACGCGCGCCAGUUUCGAAGCCAGCAACGAUUUUACGUCGGCUGCUCGGCUGUCACGGAUAGAGUCUUCCCAUUCGCGUGGAAACUCGCAUUCACACAGUGGAAUCAUUCGCAGCCGCCUUCGUGCCUUGUCCUCCCUGUCCAAGAAGUCGGACGCUUAG